GAUUCUGCGUAGUGCGUAGUACGUGUCUGCAUAUCGCAGUCUGCGAAAUCCAGAUUUCGUUGACUGCACUUUUCUAGGUUCUGGUCCUGGUCACUUUAUUUCUCCUUGUUCCACUCUCUCUCUAACAAUCUCUCAAAGCACAAGCACAAGCACAAACGCACAAAACCAACACGUUUACCAGCCAGGCAUCAGCACACCAACACCAAACAACGCAAACACCAUGGCAGAAUCCAAGAUGACUAACCUGAAGAGCACGGGGGAGGACGACAGUGUCAAUGAGGAGAAAGCGCCUGCCAAGGAAAGCAAGUACCAUCGUGGGAAGUGGACCAAUGAAGAAUGUGAGUACAUGUUGGCGCUCAUGGAAGCCUUCAAGGCGGGCCAGCUCCCGCUCAGAGAAGGCACCACACUGCGCAGUUUUCUUAGCUCCAUGAUGAAGUGCAAGCCCAAGCGUAUCUCGAAGAAGUUUGAAGGUAUCAGUUACAAUGGACGAAUGGUUUAUCAGAGGAGCAAGGACCCUUUCACCCUUCAGCAAGCUAUGCUUCUCCGUGCGCGACUUAGCGAGCUAGAGCGCCGUUAUCUAUCUGCUGCGGCGGAGCAGAGAGAGGGCGGCGAGUCCAUUGAUGCUUUGCUAAGCCAAGAGAAGCUAAGCGGGCUGCCCUCGGAGGGAUCCUUCUCUGCAUUUGCGACGCCUGCAGCGGGUUUGUUUUCAGCUGUUCCGCGCAGCUCCUUCACCCGUGACUCGGACCUGCGGACGACGGCAAGACUCCCGCAGGGGCUUGGGCUUUUGGGAGGUUCUGGUGGCUUGGGAUCGGAGGCUCACAAAUCGGAUGAUGUUGCUCGUUUGUUGGGGGCACAAACGAGCCUUCGGCAACUGAACGUGCCAGGUGGGCUACGGAACUUGGAUGCUACCAACAACGCAAAUCCCACGUCCCUGAUCUCGGCCGGUUUGGCUGCGGGCAACGACGCUUUGCGCAACAUCCAAGCAUUGCGGCAACCGCAGCAGCAAGCUGAUUUCCCGGCCUUGUCGUCCUCCCACUCAAUCUUGGGAGACUUCCACGCUCAGCUGCGGGAAAUGGACCAGCAGCAGCAGUUGGCAUCUUCGUUGUCCAAUGCGAACGCUGCGUCCACCCUUGCGGCGAUGCAGUUCCGAGAGAGAGCUUUGUCGGCGCAGCUUUCGCAAGCCACGUCUACCAAUCUUGGCGGCGUCCAAAUGGGAACUCAAGGCUUGGGUGCGGACGUUCUUCCCUCCUUGGGUCUCAACGCAAGUCAUCAGCUUCCAAGAUUGUCCUCCGCUGGUGGGCAAACUGCCAACAGCAACGAGGCUUCGUCGUUGAAUCAUCCGUCGGUUCAACAACACAACCUGGACGUGAACUUGAACCGAUUUGUGCUUCAGGCUCCUCAAGAUGACGCCACGUACUUUCGUCAGCGACUGCUCCCUGGCGUGUCAGCGUUGACGAAUUCCCUCAGCUCGGUAAGCCAGAGUGGUGGCCUUACCUCUCAAGAUCUGUUGCAGCUUCGAGCUUCUGCCAACGCGGGAGGGCUCUCGGAGCUGAUGAAGCGAAAGCUGCAGGAGAACGAGUUGCAGGAUAGUGCGCGUGCUUUCAAGAGACAGCGAUAAGCUUUCAGCCCAACCGCAAGCUGAUGGUUGGUUGCAUCCAAGCAACGAGAAUCGAUUCGAUUCAGAAUGUUCAUCCCCGCCUAUUAUUGUUUACAUAUAGAAUACAUGUACAGGACUAUCCAGAGACUAGCAUAGAGCAGGUGACUGCUCUACAUGUAUAACUCAAUUUAUCUAUAACUUCUUGCGUAAUGAACAUUGUCACGUCUACAUAU